GCAUGGAAGAGAAUGGCAGAGGAGGGGCGAUGGCGCUGAUGGAAUCCCGGCCUCGGGACCAACAGCAGAAGGAGGAGGGCGAGGAUCGCGAUGGCGAGGGUGAAUUCCUGGCGACGGACGAGGAGCAGAUCCUGGCUCGCGUCGCCGCGAAUCAUCUCUUCCUAGGUCAGUUUGAGGCGUUCCGGGCAGCGAUCAAGACUCUGUCCGACAAGAAUGCGAUGGCCGCGAUCGCAUUGCUGCGGGCCGUGGUGGUUGUCGGUGGCCGCAUGCCAGGUGUUUUGGUGGAAUCGCCAGCGCAGCUCGCAUGGAUGUGUGUUUUGGAGUUGGAAGAACUGGACGGGACUUCCAUUGCCGGCAUCGAGCUCGUCAGGGAAUUGGUGGAAAUGCUCCUCCUGCUGGAGAUGCUAGAAGGGAAAAUCACUCUGGAUGGUGCUGGGAAAAGGGAGAUAGGUGAUGGAACUUUAGGAUCGAGUAGUAGUAAGGCACAGGGCAGUGGUGUCGACGCGACGGGAGAGUGUGUAGAUAGUGAAGCGGCGAGUCGAGUGAUAGACGCGGGGUUUUCGCACGAUAUCACCUUUUUUUUCCUCGGACGAUUGGAGGGGCUGCUUGGUUCUUCGCAGCAGGGCCGUGUAAAUUCUGGUUUUAGCGCAGAGCAGCUGGAGAAGUUGGAGAGCUGGGUCGAGUGUUACACCGUCGCUCAGCCUGAGACGAUGGCUGCGAUUUGUAGAAAUAUUCGAAGGCAGAGCGAGCUUGAUGAGGAGUUCCGCGGGGAUGGUUUCGGUUUUAUCUUUCUUCAGCAGGUGCAGCUUGUUCAUUUGAAGCGCAUCAAAGAGUUUGUCGAUCGAGGGGAAUUAGAAAAAGGGAUUUCCCACUUGAAGUACCUGGACGAGCGUUGUGGAGUCCCGGAGGCUGACUUCAGCGAAGUUGUAUCGCUACUAGGUGACCGGUGCGUUGUGGCUGACAACAAAAGGCUGUUCUCCUUGGCUUAUGAAGGCAUUCUUUCUUCUGGUAGCACCCGAUUGCUAAGUGUGUUGGAGGCUUCCCAGGAUAAGCCUAUUCAGGCUGAACAGGAAGUUCAAGGUGUUAUUCCACGUCCAUUUUGGAGUUUGCAUCAGCAACGUGAAGCCUUGCAGCAACAGAAUGUGUCAACGGUCGAGACAGUAUUGCGGGAGUUCAUGCGAAACGCUUUUCAUCAUUCUCGGGCGAAAGGAGAGCACGUCCUUGAGACAGCUACGAAGAUUGCUCUGGAUGCCAUCAGGACGUCUCAACUCGAGCUUGCGGCAGAUGUUCUUGUUCCGUUUCCUAGGCUUCGCCCAUUAGUUGCGGCCAUGGGUUGGAACCUCUUGACGUGCAACACAACCGGCCGUCGUAAUAUGAUGGAAAUUCUUUGGUAUUCGGAAUCGAAACUCGGUAAAGGCUUUCCUACCUCAGGAAAGCUUGUCCAUGAAGUUUCGUGCAUUGAAGACCUGUGUGAUCGACUUUGCUACAACUUGGAAGUAGCGUAUUUUGUAGCACAAGUAAAAUCCGGCUCAAGAAAUGAGUUUGAAGGGCCUCGCUUGCUAAAGAGUGAAUCAACAGUACCGUCGGACAGUUUUGCAGAAAAUCUUGUUCUUGAACGUCUUGCUGAUGAGUCCCCUCUUCGUGUUAUCUUCGAUAUGAUACCGAAUCUAAGAUUGCGAGAUGCGGUAAAUUUGUUGAAACUUCAGCCGGUUUCUUCAUCUCUGGAUUUGAUGCAUAGGCAUAAUGAUUUGGAACUUCUAUAUAUGCAUUAUGCUCUUCAGGCUACAGCAGUAGCAAUGAUAGCAGUGACAGCAGAAGAUAAAAUUAAGACGGCGGGCUUGACAUCGUUGAGUGAGCUUCAGCAACAUCUCGAAGCGAUAAAAACUCCAGUCCGCCGACUCUGGAUGCUCGGUAUGAUCGUCACAUUCCUUCAAAUGGAGGAGGAGCACGUUUUGGAAGACAUGCCUAUUGAGGAGGCUUUACAGUCGCUAGACACUUCUCAACGAUUAAUUGAGGACCGUGAACAACCUGUCAUGCUUUUUGUGAGGCGCACGCUGGAAAUACUGCAUCGCUAUCUCCCUCCCUCGGGUUUCAGUUUGGCUUAUGGGAAAGCCAAACUUGAUCCGGAAUGGAGGGAGUGCUGGGAGAACGAGCGCCUCAAAAUAAGCCGUUUUGUCGAGGACUGGAACUGGCGCUUGCUAGUGGUUGAAAGACUGAUUUUGCGUCCUGAAGAACAACUGUCGUGGAAAUCAGCUCUUGGUAUUCUUCACUCCGCACCUCUUUCACUGCUAAACAUGUGCAUUUUGAGAUCUGAAUAUGACUUAGCUAAGGAUGCAGUCCAGCGGUACUCGCUUACGCUUGAAAAUAAUGUGCUACUGCAUUUGGCUGAAUGGCUUCAUAAUGCUGCUGGGGAAAAAAAGGGUCCAGAAGAAUUACAACGCUUUACUCGUUCAUUGGCGCCAGAGUCAAGUUGUGUAACUUGUUUGGAUGUUGCUGCAACGCGCACAUCAUCUAUUGAGACCUCCAUGCUGCUUUUGGAAGAAUCACGAUCGUUGGUAUCUGAGGCCACACAUGAGCAGCAUUUCGUACCACUUUUCAAGCGUGUUCUUCAAAGGUUUUACGAGUUGCUGGAACAGGGUCAUAAUCAACCCCUUCCUGUUCUUCUCUCUGGCACUAGUGCUUUUUCUGGCUCCGAAAGCCUGCGCCAGGGAUCAAAGCAGCGGGCCUUGACCAUGUUACAUCAGAUAAUCGACGAUGCACAUAAUGGGAAAGGCCAGUUUUUAAGUGGCAAGCUUCACAACCUUGUAAAGGCCUUAGCGGAUGAGGAGCACGAGGAUCCUGCCUCGAGGCUGUUAUUUUAUCGAAAGCAGCAGGAGAAUGGUUUCGCACUUGGUCUGGGAUUUCGUCCUUUAUUAUUGAGGACACAUGAAACAGCCGGAAGCACUGACGAGGCCUUACAUCAAAGGCCGAUAGGAAGGAGAUAUUUGGGACCGUUGCUGAACAAGCCUAUGGCUUACUUGUCCGCGUUCAUCCUCUAUGUGGCAACCAUUGGAGAUAUUGUCGACGGUGUGGAUACAACUCACGACUUCAACUUUUUCUCGCUUUUGUACGAGAGUCCGGGUGAUUUGCUAACUCGACUAGCAUUUGAGAGGCGCAGCACGGAUGGAGCUGCUAAAGUUGCUGAAGUGAUGGGAAUAGAUUUGGUGCAUCAAGUAAUUUCUGCUUGUGUGUCGCCAGUUCUUCCUCCCAGCGCAUCAACAAUUUCUCAGCACCCAUCCCAUGAGCUGGACUUGGACACCAUUAAGUUCUUGAGUACACUCUCCCCCGUGCGAACUAUCCUGGCAUGUGUAUUUGGUAACAAGGACUCGAAAAUUGGAAAUGAUUUUGCUGUCGAGCAAGCAGAAAGGUUUCCUUCAUUGCAAAGAUGGAUUCAAAUGCAAGCGAAUUUGCAAACACUUCGUGACUCAUCUAUUCUGUCACCUAAGGAGGCUCUUGUACAGAAGGAAACAAGUCCGAGACGCUGUAAACUCAAGCGCGCUAGAGAUUCUGAACUAUUAGCCGAUGAAGACGAUCAUGACGAAAGAAAGCAGGCCGAAACUGACACACAAGCGGAAAUUCCAGCUGAAGGUGCUGUCAUCAAAGAACAAUCUAUUCCUGCUAAUCACGUUUGGGAAGAUGAAUAUCCAUAUCACGAGGCUGUGGAGAGCUUAAUCAAGAAUGGGAAGCUUGUAGACGCGUUAACUUUUGCCGAUCGAUGGCUAAAAGCUGGAGCUCCGGACAAACUCUUGCAACUUCUUAUCGAAAGAGGUGAAGAUAGCGCUCCGAGCUCUAGUCAUUUGAGCCUCCACCAUAACUUGUGGAACAGUAGCUGGCAAUACUGUAUACGUCUGAAGGACAAACGCCUAGCAGCGACGCUUGCUCUCAAGUACUUGCAUCGUUGGGAGCUGGAUGCGGCUAUCGACGUGUUGACCAUGUGUAGCUGCCAUUUGCCCACUGAUGAUGUUCUUUAUGAAGAGGUCAUUCGGGUUAAAAAGCAUCUGCAACAGUACCGCCAAAUAUUGCGAGAAGACGUCAAGUUUGAGAACUGGCAAGAGGUUGAGUCCUUAUGUGAUAGAGAUCCCGAGGGCCUAGCUUUGAGGCUUGCUGGCAAAGGAGCUGUUACUGCAGCGCUAGAUAUUGCUGAGUCCUUCAAACUUUCAGAUGACUUACGGAGGGAGCUCCAAGGUCGGCAGCUAGUGAAGCUACUUACAGCAGAUCCCAUAAGUGGUGGAGGUCCAGCUGAGGCUAUCAGGUUUCUCGGUUCACUGAACAACCCCGAGGACGCAUUGCCGGUUGCAAUGGCUGCGAUGGAGCAGCUACCAAAUUUGCAUUCUAAACAGCUUCUGGUACACUUUCUUUUGAAACGGCAGAUUGGCGUUCUCUCGGAAGAAGAGCACGACAGGAUGGAUCGACUGGCAUUGGGCCUCAAAAUGCUUGGUGCACUUCCCUUACCUUGGCAACAACGAUGCGUAGGCUUACACGAACAUCCGCAGCUUAUACUAGAGACACUCCUUAUGUGGAAGCAAUUCCAGGCAGCGUCACAGCUUUUGAAUGCUUUUCCAUCGUUGCGCAAUGACAAACUCAUAAUCACAUACGCUUCAAAAGCUGUAUAUGUUGCACCUGCAUCUCCCGAACGGCAAACACAUUAUCUUCCAAUCAAGCCGGCCUCUGGGAACAAAAAUGGCAAUAACCGAAGAUUCACCUGGACACCGAGAGACGCGAGGAAUAAAAUCGAUGGUACCCGAAAGAGAAAAAGUACCCUUCCACCAUCACAGAAGGCCGCUUGGGAAGCUAUGGCUGGGUAUCAGGAGGAUAGACCAAUUGGACUCGGACCGGAAGGUUAUGAGAAGCUUGCACCUCUAACUAUGACAGAUGGAGUUCUCUCUGGUGAUCCUGUCAAAGACGAAGCCGUUCGUAGCUUUCAUAAGUACGACAGUGCACCUAGUUUUGUCUUGUUCAAGGCACUUCUGUCUCUUUGUUUUGAUCAAGCAAGUGCUGCCAAGUCUGCGGUUGAACUGGCCGUUUCUCAAGUCCAGAGUAUUCUCAGUGCAGACUGCUUACCAGCUGGAGCGAGCUCGGAAGCAAUUGAAAGAGCAUUUCAUGCAGCGGGAACUUUUGUCCAGGUACUACUGGAUGCUAGAACUCAGCUUCAUAAACUCUUGGGCAACAAAGAAGCACCGAGCCAGGAAAUUCCAGAUACUGUUUCAGAGUCCGGUACUGACAGUCAGUCUGCGACCAGUCUCACGAAACUAUUGUCAGAAGCUGACAUAUGGUUAAACCGGGUGGAACUGCUACACUUUUUACUCGGUUCUGGUGUCACUGCCUCUGUAGGCGAUGUGGCAGACGAAACCUCGGCGCUUCUCCUUCGUGACCGUUUGAUCCAGGAGGAGCGAUAUGGUAUGGCCGUAUACACAUGCACGAAAUGCAAGAUCGACGUUUUUCCGGUUUGGGAAGCAUGGGGUUACGCACUACUUCGGAUAGAACAUUAUGCGCAAGCCAGGCUAAAGUUCAAGAAAGCAUUUCAAUUAUACAAGGAAGAUUCAUCCAAGAUUGUUCAGAGAAUAGUUGACAAUGUGGAGGCAUGCCCUGCUGCUGAUGUCCAUGCUGCACGUUCUCUGUACGUUCACAUGGCGAAGAGCGCUUCAAGCUCAUCGGAUGACUCGCUUUCCGCAGACUCAUAUUUGAACGUUCUUUACAUACCAACAUUCACAAGAGCUGAUCGAUCCAGGAGGACUACGGAAGAGGCGUCAGAGCGACUUUCUUAUUUUAAUGCGGACGAGAUUUCGGUUCCUUUGAGCAACUUGGAUAAUGUCCGUUUCGAGGAAUGCAAGUACUACUUGGACGAGUAUGGUCGUUCGCUGCUUCUUGGCUUCAUGUUUCGACAUGGUCGUUAUCGUGAAGCUUGUUCGCUAUUCUUCCCUGUGGGUACUCUUCCUCCAAUUCCUGCAAACUUAUCAUCUGGAAGCGUCACAAGCUUGACAACAGAAUAUGGAACAGUGGACGAUUUAUGUGACUUAUGUGUUGGAUACGGAGCUAUCCCGAUUUUGGAGCAUGUGAUAGAGACUCGGAUUUCUUCUGCUAGCAGCGAAGAUACUCAAGUUUCGCAACAUACAUUUGCAGCUCUGACUCGCAUAUGCUUUUAUUUCGAGACACACCGGCAUUUCAACCAUCUUUACCGGUUCCAGGUUUUGAAGAAAGACUACAUUGCAGCCGGUUUGUGCUGCAUCCAGCUCUUUUUAAACUCUGCAACACAAGACCAAGCUCUUCGAAAUCUUGAGCGUGCUAAGGGUCAUUUUGAGGAAGGGCUCCUUGCUCGUCAGCAAGCGAUUGAGAACGUGAAGUCGGCUGCAAAGGCUUCUCGUGGAAAGAGUCCAUCUGAAAAGCUGACUGACGAGGACUUGAUAAAAUUUUCUGCACGUUUGUCUGUUCAGAUGGAAGUGGUGAAAUGCUUCAGCGACGCGGACGGCCCUCCAUGGAAACGCUCUCUUUUUGGAAAUCCUAAUGACAACGAUACUUUCAAACGAAGGUGCGAAGUGGCUGAGGCGCUUGUGGAGAAAAACUUUGACUUGGCAUUUCAAAUAAUCUAUGACUUCGGACUUCCUGCUGUCUACAUAUAUGCUGGUGUAGCUGCUGCGUUGGCAGAGAAACGCAAGUACAAUAACUUGGUAGACCUGCUACGAAACAUCAAAGGAACGAUCGACAACGAGGACCUCGACCAGAUAAUUGGAGCGGCCAUUUCGGUCUAUGCCAACAGGCACCGUGAGAGGCCCGACAGGCUUAUUGAGAUGUUGUCGAGUACUCACAGGAAAGUCUUGGCGUGUGUCAUGUGUGGACGUUUGAAAACGGCAUUCCAGAUCGCCUCUCGCAGCAACAACAUUGGAGAUGUUGAAUGGGUUCGGCAACAGGCUCGAAUGACUGGCGCAUUGCCAGUCGAAGACAUGUGCAAGCAGUGGCUUGCGCGUGCAUCCUGAUCAUCAGUUUGGCUUUUGUAAGUUUUGGCAUGUAUCAUAUCGCACCGGUUUGUAAAUUCGACACACAAUACUCUCAA